GCAAGGCAGUAUCUUCGUGGACGAUUCCAUCCCGAAAUGACCGUCGUGCCCCCCGCCCCGGCCACCUGAACCGUCCCCUCGUCCGGUAUAAACGCGGCGCCAGCACGCAAACGGCACCACCAUUCUCAUUCCCAUUCCCACUCCUGCCACCUCCUCCGCUCCGUCGCCGUCGUGGAUCUGCGCGGGCGAGGCGUCGCGGGGGGAGGGAGCUCUGGGCCGGCUGCGGCGGCGAUGGGGUCGUCGUCUGCGGUGCAGAAGGAGGCCGUCGUCCUCGGCGGCGGCGGAGGGGCCGGGGAGGACCACCGGCUGCGGGCGCUGGCGGCCAGGACGAUGACGGACUCGCUAAGGGCGGCCGUCGCCAGGUCCAGCUCGGCGGAGAAGGUGGCCAGGCUCGAGGACUGCGCCCGGAGCCUCGAGGCCGAGAAGGCCAAGAUGGAGGUCUUCCGCCGCGAGCUCCCCAUCAGCGUCCACCUCAUCGCCGACGUGAUCGAGUGGCUGAAAGAUGAGGUGGCGCAGCACCGGAGACCGGCGCCGGAUCAGCUGCUCGCACCGGCGCCGUCGCCGUCGCCUGCACCGCUGGCGAAGAGGAAGGCGGAGGGCGUCAAGACGGAAGCGGACGCGAGCGACAAGCGGAGCUGGAUGAGCUCCGCGCAGCUGUGGACCUGCGGGAGCCACAGCAGCACCAGCAACAGCAAUGGCGACAGCGCCAAGAAACACGCCCAAAAGGUGGCCAAUGCGUUCAUGCCACUGAAUGGCUUGCCAAACUUAGCAAAAUCAUUGGAGAGGCCAGAGGCGGCAGCCAUGGCAGUCCCGGAGCUGUCCCUCUCAUCUCCAGCAAUCGACGCCCCCUGCAUGGCCGCCCCGAGUGCCGACAGCAGCGCUGUCACGGACGCCGGAGCUCAAAGCCAGCAGCAGUCGGCGCAGCGGAAGGCCAGGCGGUGCUGGUCGCCGGAGCUGCACCGCCGGUUCGUCGCCGCGCUCCAGCACCUCGGGGGCCCGCAAGUCGCCACUCCUAAGCAAAUCAGGGAGAUGAUGAAGGUGGAUGGGCUCACGAAUGAUGAGGUCAAGAGCCACCUGCAGAAAUACAGGCUACACACACGGCGAGCAUCCGACGGCGACCAGCAGCAGUCGGCGUCGGCCGGGCAGUGGCCACGGCCGGAUCAGCAGUACACGACGUCGCAGCACAGCUCAUCGCAGUCCGGCUCGCCUCAGGGGCCGCUGCAGCUCACCGUGUCGAGCCGGGGGAUGUCGGUGACCAUCGGAGACAGCUGUGACGGCGGCGAGGAGAACGAGGAGGAGGACGGCAAGUCGGCGAGCUACGGCUGGGAGAUGCAGCAGAACGGCACCAAGGCCUCGUCGUCGUCUUGAACACUAAGAAACACAUGUGUGGAAUUUUCAGAGGCACGCUGCACAGCAACACACCACUGAGGGUUCGGGGUUGAGGCUUUUCUUCUUCUUUGUGUAUAGUGGAUGAGAGAUUCUGAGAUUGAGAGGUGUGUUCUUUUUGACGUGGAAUGUGCUGAUAGUUAACUGAACUGACGUGAGUCCUUGGGUUACACUGUAUUAGAGAUAUGAGCUAUGUUAUUAACAUUGUAUACAACCUUCGGUUAAAA